ACCCGGAAGUUCAAGCCGCUAUGCGGCCGUAUCCGAAUAUUAUAGUUUAUUUUUAAACAAGUAUCUAUCCAGUUCUCGCUCACUAAAGCCUCACACCGUACGGUCUGCGUUACUUGAGUUUAAACGCACCACGGAGUGCGUUUACCUUUUUCUCUGGGGAACGUAUUCUGGAAACGAAACCCUGAGUAAGAACCGGAAGUGGUUAGUAGUGAGCUAGACAUUGAUGCGGGGAAGGCCUGGGCGGGUGGGCUCCGAACGGAAGAGGCUGUGCCAGUGAUACCGGGCCGGAGAACCUGGGACGGGAAGCCCCCCGGGACUGGAAGGGUGAGACUCUCAGAGGUUUUUCAGUAGAAGUCUUGGGGUGCAUUCAUUGGUUAAAAAAUGACCACUCUUGAGAGUUUAGAAACUAAAGUCGCCCCUGCUUCGGCCCCAGUCCGAGGAGCGGGGGAUGGAAUGGAAACAGAGGAGCCGCCUAAAGCCGAGAUCACCGCCGGAGUCCACCCCACAAUCACCGCCGGAGUCCACCCCACAAAGCUUCCCGCCCUUCAGAGUCCGCGGAAGAGAGCGGAGAGCCCGGGAGUCCUUCAGCUGGGGAAGAUUCUCACUGAAAAAGCAGUGCAAGUCGAAGCUGUCAGAAUAUUAGUGCCCAAAGCAGCCAUAACCCACGUCAUCCCCAACAGAAAUGCAAAGGUGCAGUCUCUAGGGCUUCAUAAAGGAGAGCUCCUUGGUCAGGCAGAGGGAGCUGUGGAGCCUCGGAAGGAGCUCUCAGAGGUGAAGAACGUAUUGGCAAAGCUCAAGAACUCUGAAAGGAGGUUACUCCAGGACAAAGAAGGUCUUUCGAACCAGCUCCGAGUGCAGACAGAGGUCAAUCGUGAGUUAAAAAAGUUGCUGGUGGCUUCUGUUGGGGAUGAUCUUCAGUAUCACUUUGAACGUCUAGCGCGCGAGAAAAAUCAGCUUAUUUUAGAAAAUGAAGCUCUAGGGCGAAACACAGCUCAGCUUGCCGAACAGCUAGAGCGGAUGUCAAUACAGUGUGACGUAUGGCGAAGUAAAUUCCUCGCGAGCAGGUAUUUUCUGUUUCGUGAUGCGCAGAGUGCCGUACGAGACCUCCUGAGUGAACGGGGACAGUUCCGGCAGGACAUGGGCGCCACCCAGAAGUUACUGGAGGAGCUGCUCGUCUCCCUGCAGUGGGGAGAAGCGCAGACUUCCUGCCCGGGCGCCCAGCCCCGCAGCACGGCGGAACUGGCACUGAUAAAUCACAAGCUGGCAAAAGCAAUACAUGCGCAUCUUCUGGGAAACGUCGGCACCAGUGGUCAGAAAAAGAUUCUGUCAGCAGAUGAAUUCUGCAGCACCCCAGCAGAAAAAAUGGCUGAAACGGUUCUAUGCAUUUUGGACCCAGCUACCUGUACAGAACACUCACCUGAUAAUCCAUUUUCUGAGUCUUCACCAACCACCUUGCUUGCUACGAAGAAAAAUAUUGGGCGAUUUCAUCCCUAUACUAGAUAUGAAAACGUAACUUUCAAUUGCUGCAGUCACUGCCAGGGAGAGCUGACUGUGCUUUAGCGUUCAGCAUGCUGUUGGCAUGCCACGGGCACCUGCUCGUCACCCACGAGGCUUUAUUUGGGAGCGGGGAUCACAUACUGCUAGAAGUCAUCUCACUUUCUCUUUAAAUAAUACAUGUCCCCGGAGAUGGUUCAUAUACUAGACUCCAGAUUACCCUUUCUUAAUAAAUGUCUCAGGGUAAGAAAAGAAUGAAACUGGGCAGGUCAGUUUCGAGAAUGCUCUCAAGCAUUACGUGAUGCUUUUCCUAAAGGACUCUAAAAGGAAAAAUUGGAUACCGUUUAGGACCUAAGUUACCGUUUAUCUUGCUAUAUAUAUUUAUAGGAGCAGACUGAAUUUAGUUUGAUCAGAAUCAAAGCCUGGUGCACUACAGCCGCGGGGCACGUGCAGCCGCGCCGUUCGCUGACUGGUCUGCAGCGGGUUUCUGCGGAGCAGCAGAGCUGAGGGAAUGAAACACGGGCCGCAAAGCCUAAAAUACUGUCUCGCCCUUCACAGAGCGUUUUCUGACCCCCCAGCUCUGAAGUCGUGACGGCUGGCAGGGCGCUGGGGGACGGAGUGUCCUUGCCCUUUUCAGGCUGCAAAGGAGGCUUAUGAAACUACUAUAGGUGAAGGGAAAUCUUUUGAAAAUAAAUGCUGUAUGAUAGGAACCUCCAUCCAUUAAUUUAUAUUAUGUAAUAGCUAUUAUUGUACAGUUUAGUUUGGGAUGACGAAAAAUUCUGGAAAUGGAAAGUGGUGACGGUUGUACAAUAUAAAUGCACUUAAUGAAUUGUCAUUUUAAAAAAUCAAUUUUAUAUAUAUUUUACCAGAAUAAAAAAUAAUGUAUACCCUUGUAACUUCAAAUUACAGUACAGUUCUGCAAUGGUUGGUUUAAGAGUGUCUAUAAUAACUAUAAUAACAACAACAAUAAUAAUUAACUGAACUAAACAGAAUAAAAAAAGAUCUCAAAACAG